GCGCCGGAAUGGAAGAACACAUCAGACAAUCAGCUUGAAAAAGCAAGCUCAACCUCAGUCGCUUAAAUUUCCGAUCUGCUUGGGAAGGCAACAUGCCUCGCAAUCCUUACCCUUUCCCAAGACUUCAGAAUGAUAGUGAUUUUUAUGGACAGCAAGGAAAACAGGUAAAAGAGAAGGGAACGUUGAUGCAGGGAGGUCAGGAAGGAACGCCGUGGGACAGACUUAACAAAACAGCAACGCUGGCGAGUUCCAGGAGAGAAGUCUUUCAUCACGAUCCACAGGCACCAAAUGACAGCUUGGAUUUUGUUAUUAAAUCAACAUACGACCAUCACCAAGAAUUCCUUCAUUCCAAGGCUGAGACUUUAGUUCAACCAGAGACAGCAAAUUUACCACAUGGACGUGUCUUAAAGAACAGACCUCCUCCAGAAGCACCAGAAAUUGAUCUCUACAAGCUUCCACUGAUGAAAAGCACUAGUGUACAGCGGCAGAGCAUACACAGUAUAAAUGGUGCUAUUGAAAGUCACCACAGUGCAGCAACAAAUGGAGGGUACUCAAGAAAACACGAUGGAGGAUUUUAUACUUGUUAAUAUUCUUUUCUCGCUUUAACUGAUUGAUGUGAUCUGCAAAGCUACAUCAAGACAAACUCAUAUGUACAGACAUUGUGUGUAACUGCAAGUUGUAAUCUUUUACUAAGUUACUGGUAAAUGUAAAUUUGCUGUCUUUUCUCUAUGUAUCUCCUGGUUUAUUUUAUAUCAUUACAUUUUGUGGCCUCUAUAAGAUGAUGAUUUUUCACUGGAUGUGUAACAACUAUUUCAUAAACAAAGAUACAACAAUAAUGACAUAUGACCUCUUUUAGUUUAAAUCUACUCACGAGUAGGAUGCAAAAUUAUUAUUAUGUUAAUCCUUUCUUGUCUUUCUAAUAAAUUUGUGUGAUCCUACAGAAAAAUAUUUCAAUAAUGUCACCUUUUAAUUUGUAGAAUUGAACUAAAAAUUGUAACUUUCAAAUAUUAAUUGCUGAUUUUUUAAGGUACCGAAGGCUAAAAAAAAUAUUUUGAGCUAAAAAUUUGCACCAAUAAUAAUUUUAUUUUAAUAAAGAUAAUUAUGAUAAUCCUGAAUUCAACACCAGUCUUCAUUUUUUUUCUCUGUUAAGUGAGAGUCAGCCUCUAAUGCAACUUAAUAAUGAGGUAAUAAAUAGACUUCAUGGGGUACACUUGAUCAAGGUCAAUUUUUAAAUUCUGACACA